UUUGCCGAAGCCUGGAAGGCUCUUCGUCGCGCUGGGUGGACGUCACGACCGCCACGUGGCCGAGGGAAUCUGGAUAAUCGCUAUCGCUAUGUUCGUCCUGGUAGAAAUCCGGACGGGGUCGAGGGCGGCGAUUACGUUCUGGGUGAAGUGGUUCUGGUGGAACACUACAAUAUGACUGUGACUGGUGGCGAGAUCGACUCUGGUAACAUCACGAUAGAUGAACCUAUGGAUGGCGGCAGAACAGCCUUCAAACAGGAGUUGCUACUGCGAGCUCAAAUGUCUGCUGACAAAAUUGUGGGGGCGAACGUUGUUUUCUCGCCGGCUGAUGAAGACUGGAUGCUUCGCAAAAACUAUCGCGAGGUAGGUGCGGCUUUUUUCGUCGGC